AUGAAUGUCCCACUGUGCCAACAGCAAGGUAGAGUCAGUGUGUGUAUUAUACAGUAUUCUACUAUGUGGUGUUCUUCAUAUUCUCUUGACCUGAGUGACUGCUAGUCUUUUGACAUAUGUACCUGAAGAAUAACUUUGGAAUUCAAUCUACUCUUUUGCUACAUUGUACUGCAGUUGAUAUUGCUCAUCUAAUGCAUAAGUAAAUCUGUCUAUAAGGGAUUUUCUAAGAUGUUUUAUUUUCCUCUGAACCGCAGGUUGACUUUGCCUUCAUUGUCUGGCACAGUUUCCCAGACAGAAUUGUGGGCUACCCAGCACGCAGCCAUUACUGGGAUGGCAGCAAAUCAAGAUGGGGCUACACCUCCAAAUGGACUAACGAGUACUCCAUGGUGCUCACAGGGGCUGCAUUCUAUCACAGGUACAGUCAGUGCCCCUGCCUGCUCUCUGUGAGGGGUGUAGGGGCCAUGAUAUUAGCUCAGGGAGGGGAUGCAGAUGGCAGGGAGGAAAACUGUCCAAGCGGUAACACAUCAUUGACUUUGAGCACAUACAUGCAGGCAGGCGACGUGACUAUAAAAAGCCCUAAGACAUAUUGUGGCCGGUUAACAUCCUCCCACUGUGUAGCAGCAACUCUGUGAGUUCUUUCUCCUGCACUUGUCACUUACUCUUAUCGCGGAUGGGUGUGAUCAGGUUUGUAUUGUUCUGUACCAGCAGCACAUGCUGUCACAGACAGACUGCAAUACUGGUUCACAUAUUAUGUUUUAUUCAGGAGUAGUCUACUUCCUUCAGUACAGUAAGUGCCAUUGAGAAAACUCAUCUGAAUUCCCCACACCACUGACAUUUGUUGUAUAUAAGCGUAAUAGAGAAGGAAAUAAAGUAUUAUGUUUUUUCCUUCCUUUUUUCGUGAAAGAUUUGAUUGUGAAAUGCAAUGCAUCAUCAAAAUGAAUACAAAGUAUUAAGCCAUGCAGCAAAUUGAAUUAGGAAGUAUUUUCCUCUCAUGAGAGAUUUGAAGUAAUGUCUUUCCGGGCAGUUGCAGAUAAACAGCUCUCCUAGUCAUUUUUCAUUGUUCUAUUGUAUGGUUUCAAAAUGCCUCUAUUAUUCAGGACUCAAGGCUCUCAACGGGCUGUCUACUGAGGCAUUGCGCUAA